AUGAAUGCAUUUUUUACUAAGUAUGUUGCCAAGGUAAACUCGGGCUCUGCCCCUGGAUUGAAUGGUCAGUGUCGCAUUUGGACGGGGGCUAGGAGCAGCAACAACAAGUAUGGUGUUGUAUGCUACAAGCAUCCGAUAAAGAACAGGUGGCAGACGAUGCAUGUGCAUAGACUCAGUGUCAUGUUACAUCAUCGUUACCAUGAGUUGGAUGCAUCAGUUGUUGCAUCUCACUUAUGCCACAACACGCUGUGUGUUGUUCCAGAACAUAUUGUUCUGGAGCCGCAGGGCGUCAACAACCAGCGACAGACCUGCAAAUCUGGGGGCACCUGUCUGGGGCACCCACCGCCAUAUCCACCCUGUCGCCUUGAGCUGCGUAUGAAUGACGAUUAA